GUGACGAUUUACAGAAUGGCGCGCGGAAAAGGAGUGAAGAACCUUUCGACGACGGCAGUGAAAAAUCAGCCUAUCUUCGCUCGCAAAGAGAAGAAAAGCAAGAAGAAAUUUGUUUUCAGGAAGACGCUGUCCCCGGAGAUCGUCGAUGCUGUCAUCUACUACUUGCGCGACGACAAGGAAAGCCUUCGACAAUGCUCCGUUGUCAGUAAAAUUUGGUCGAUAGCGACCGCGCAAUAUCUCUGCAAGUCGUUUCGGUGGCCUCCUUGCAAACAGUAUUGGGGAGAGUUUAAUCCAAAUGAAUGUUCAUGCUUAGCUGACGAAGAGGGCCUCGCUACCUUCCUCAACUUCCUCGACCGCUCGGAACGCGUACGCCAAGCUAUCCAGUCGCUUCGGUUCUCUUUCUGUCAGGCAAAAGAUGAAGAGAUCCCGAAUAAUUGCGGCGGCGUCACUCGCAUCUGGUCUCAAACCCCACGGACUUCGACCCCGGACGCUUCUUCAACGUCGUCGAACGGUUACCCAAGCUACACACUUUGUCCCUCUACAGACCCUGCCUGUCGAAGGACACUGCUAUCUCAAAUCGCCCACACUGUAUUCCGUCCAUUGAAUACCUUGCGUUUGAGGAACUAAUCGUCGAAGAUGACACUCAUCACACCUUCACGGAUCUACCCACCGGGUUUGC